AGGAGCAGAUUCCACCUCACACGGAACCAAGUUCCCACUUUCCCUGUUUGGUCGAGUCAGUUACAGCGAAUGCAAAGCCCGACCCCACCGACAUAAUACUUGUGAUUUAAAAGUGUAAAAACCCAGCCCAGGCACAGGCAGGCAGCACUAAGCAGGCAUUGGUGUAGUCGUGUAGAAAAAAAAAAUGUCUUACCACUACUGCUGAUUCCUCCCACGGAGGGAAAGGUAAAAAACAUUGAACACAUUUGACUUGAGUUUUACUCCCGCCCCAGAAAAUUAAGGAGAAAUAGGAAAAAAAGAAAAAAAAAAAAGGCAAAAUAUAUAGAAAAUUUUCUCGCUCUCAAUCUCUGUGUUUCGAACCCUAGAAAGGAAGAACAAGAAGAAAUAGUUGUUGAAGUUCCACACUCAGGAGGAAUGUCUGUUGAACAAAAUAAAGAUCCUGUACAAGGCAUACCUCGUAGAAGAUAUGAAAGGACAGAACAACAGAAGGAAAGGCGUCGAUUAGCCGAUCGACUUCGGUGGCAGCUAUUGACAGAGGAACAAAGAGAGCAUCUACGUGAGUCCAGAAGAAAACGGCGGCGAGAGCUAGCUGAUUCUCAUCAAAGAAGACUGAUAAGUGAAGAACAGAGGGAGGGACAGCAAAUUGCAGAGACACUGCUGCAGCUGCGGAUGACAAAUGAGCAAAGGGAGAAUGCAUGUGAAACCAGAUGGAAGCAGUUGACGGAGGUUACAGCUACUUCACAGAGAUUGCAAAUAAGUGAACAACAAAAGGAAAGAAUACAGGUUGAACAAGUUUUAUGUCAACAGCAAAUGACAAAUGGGCAAAAUGAACAUGUUUGUGAAGUUAGAAGGCGGAGACAUAUAAAGCUUGCAGCCUUGAUAACAGAGCAACAAGAAGAUAGACUUCAUUAUCAAAAUGGAGCAAAUGGAGAUUUGAAUCCUGAAUCUAUGAACAAUUUGAGUGCAUAUCAGAUACAGGAAGGCAUAUCCAAGAACCAAGGACAAGUACGAUUAAAUCACAUAAGGCAUGAAGCAAGAAAGAUUAGGCGAGAACGGUUGAGCCAUAUAAGGCAUGAAGCAAGAAUGACAAGCAGGUUACGUUUGAGCCAUGUCAAGCAUGAAGCAAGAAUGAGAAGUGAUCAAUCAGAGGAAUCAAGCUUACUUGAUGAAGAUGAUGAACAGUUGACUCAUGAGCCACCGAAUAAAGGUCGUGUGCGACUGACUGAAGUUCGCCGUCAAGCCAGAUUAACCACUGACUUGUAAGAGAUCUAUACUGAGAAUAUGAGAACAGUGUAUGUCUUGGUAUCAACCUCCUCUGCCUUCUCACUAGAUCGAGAUGAACCUUGAUGGAGUAUCUUGAAAGAAUUCUGUUCAGUGUAAACAAUGUUAUCUAACUACGGUUGGCUGCAAUGCAUGGUGUACCUUAUGAUGCCUCUCACCCAUACUUAGGUUAGACCUUCUAGUAAACUAUAUUUCUUUUUCCCCCCAUCAGAAUCUCAGUUAUGCCCUUUUUAUCUUUUGAUUUCCACUAACUUACUCCUUGUGGCCUCGUCAUUAUACCUCCUUGUUAGUUGUUACCCAUUGAAGAUACUACUACCUCCAAUUCACUAAUUUCUAAUUUUGUCCUACUGUUUCUUGUCACUCAUCCACUUUAUCUUGCCAUCCAUUAUUACUGAGGGUUUUAUGGAUGGAAAAAGUAGUCCAAGCGGUAUACCAGAUAGGCUGUUAAUUAUGUUGGCUUAUUUCAUGGAAUGAUGGAACUAAAUGCUUACUGAUCAAAAAAGAAGUGGAAGUUAAGGCUGCUGGAGUUUGAGCUACAGAAUAGUUUGGAUUGAAGGUCAGGCUUGGAUGGAUGCACCAUUCAAGAUACUACAAGAGAAUAGUUCAGGAAAAUCUUCUUUUUUCUUUUUUGAUGACAAUGAAAAUGUUCUUGAGUGGAUUUAGGGCUGUAGUUGAUUCAAUAGAUGAAGCACAGUUCUUUUGGAAAAAGUUGCCUGUUAAAACUUCAUAUAGUGAAGAACUCAAGUCAUAGGCUUAAGAGAAACUGGGAGAUCAUUAUAAAUUUAACUUUUUGGUUUAUAAUCUAUAGCAUUUGCUUCAUUAUGGCUACUGGAUUAUUGUUACUAUUGUUAAAUUAAGGCUAUGUUUGGUUUAAAGGAAAAGUAGGGAAAGGAAAGGAAGGGAAGGGAAACCUUUACAAAUCUUGUAUAGGUUUCCCUACAUUUCCCUUCCUUUCCCUACCUUUUCCUUCAAACCAAACAUAGCCUAAGUGUUCAACAAACAACCCCCAGUUUAGUGAGAGGGGAAAGAUCAAAAAAUGUGUUAUCACCUUUAGACAAUCUGUUGUGUAUGGAUGGGAUAAUAAAAAGAAAGAAGGAAAGAAAUGAAAAGGAAAAAAAAAACCAUGCAAACAAUUGAAGAGGUUAGUUUUAUUUGAGAUUCAGAUCUGUUUGGGCAUGGAGGGAAACAAAGUUAUCAACAAAGAAAAAUUUAUGAAUUAUAAACUUUUCAGACAAGUACUAAUCCAAUUUUUAAAAAUAGGCUAUUGUCUGAUAAAGCUAGAUAAUUAUCUCAACAAGUAUCAGUUACAUUGAUUUUCUAUUGUAACUUGUUUUCCUUUCGUUUGUCUGCAAGAAUAUACAAUAGAGUUUCUUGUAUAAAUCAUAUAAGCUUAAAUAUUUCUUCAUGUUAAUUUUACAGGAUUAUAAGUGUUAACGCCAUUUAAACAAUUCUUUUUUGGGUUAAUUGGCAUUAGAUUGGAUUUAUGUCCUUGUUGUUACCAUCUAAAAUUAUGACUUCCAAUCUCAAUCAUUCAUUAUUAUUUUAGUAUGUAUGUUACUAUUAUCAAACAUGUUAUAUUUGGUGAUCCUUCUACUAACAUUACUGUACAGGGAAAAUCUAUGAUAUCAAAAGGACAUGGUACUAAUCAAAGCACCCUGUGUAUUUUGAUUAAUACCACCUAAUUGAUUACCUCUUUUCUCAUACCAGCUGAUUGGCCAUAAGCUUUUCCAAUAUCAUAUCUUUCCGGUAUCAUAGUUGACAUGCUAUAUUUGAGCCAGUGUAAUCUAAUCAUUUAUGGAAAAAUAAAAAGAAAAAAAGAAACUUUUAUUCCCCACUGCUUUGUUUACCUGUUUGAUGCACAGAUGAGAAAACAGAUCCUUUUCCUUGUCACAUGACUAGCAUCUACUCCAGUGGCAGUAAUAUUCUUGAAGCAGUGAAGAUAUGCUAAUUUGAGCGAGUAAUGUUUUGGUCUGCAACCGGGCUGUUUGCCAUCUUCUGUACGCUGAUAAACCCAAGCAGGAGUAUUUACACCUCCAGCAUUAUCUGUGGAUGGCAGUUGGUGAAUAUUUCAUUGAUAAUUUGAUAGCAGGGGAUGUUGGCCAAUUACCCAUUGUGUUUGAUUAUGUUUUUCAAAAUAAAAUAAAAUCAUGUACACAUUGGCGAAUACCACUCCUUCAGUAUUCCCAUAAAAUA